GACGUACGGCAAAUCCCGUGACUUUAAAACAACGUCAUUUUCUUUAUACACACAUAAUCUUUUUCUUUUUUCUCUUUCUCUUUCUUUCUUUUAUAUAAAAGUCAUGUCUGAAGAAACAUCCAAGCAAGAAGACACAUCAAUACCAGUAGCAAAUGAUCAAGCAGAGAGACCGUAAAUAUAAAUCAAUCUAUUUCAUAAUAAAAAUAAUUAAAAAAAAACUAGUGCUGGAAACACGUCAAUGUCUAAUUUUAACGGACCAAUGCCAUCAGGCAACUUUGAUAAUGGCAUGGGCAUGCGAAUGCUUAAUCCUUAUCAACGCUUUCAGCAAAUAUGGUUCAUGCAGCAAUUACAGAGACAACAAUUACAAAGACAAAUGGCAGCAGCAGCAACUGGUAAUAGCACAGCAACCAAUAUUCCUCCAGAAUCACAGAAGCCACCUAGUGGAUAUGUUUGUUAUAAAUGUGGACAGCCGGGACAUUGGAUUUAUUACUGUCCUAAUGUACCAAGAGGCCAGUUUGUCCCAAGAGCAGUGGAUAAGGUACAACAAGAAAGCGAAGAACAACAAAAGCCAAGCGAGCUUUCCUGUAUGAUCUGUAACAAGUUGAUGGCAGAGGCUAUGUUGAUAUCUUGCUGUGGAAAGUCGUUUUGUAAAGAAUGUACGUACACGUUUGUAUUCAUCAUGUUUAUCUUUAGUUUAUUAUUAUUCUUGUAUGUAUUUUAUUCCAUUUAUGAUUUACACUUUUAUCCUUGCUUUUUCUUUCUUUCUGAAGGAUGUAAAAAGAAAGAAAAAGAAAAUACAGUUGAUGUGUCAAGAAUAUUACGUGCUUCUUUUUCUUGUGUUUUGAGAGAGAGAGAGACAGAAAUAGAGAGAAAGGGGAGAAAAGGAAAAAGGAGAGAGGACAGAAAAUGAGAGAGAGAGAAAGAAAGCGAGAGAAACAGAGAAAAAUAAUAGACUAAAGAUAGAUAAAAAAC